GGACACGGAGCGUCCCGUUUUUUUUUAUCCGCAGAGGUAUACAGUCACAUCAAAUCGGUAAGACUGCUGUUUGUUUUAUUAGUUGCCGACUCGCCGUUAGAUCGGGAAUGGCAGAGAAGAGAUGUGUCCACGCCGCGCGCUCCGCUCUUGAAACAAAAGAUACUCGCUCUGUUUCCGGUUUUACGAUGACGUGUUUUUGCACACGGUCUGGUUGAGUUGAGGUGCUUGUGGUGUUGUGUGCAGAAUCGCCGUCUAGAACGCGCUUACUUUCGAGCGUGGUGCUCGUGUGGACUCCCGGAUGCCAGUAUGAUUGACUGGUGGCCACGCCUCUUUCUAGUGGUGUCACUGACAAUACUGUGGGCGUGUUUAGUGGGGGCAGGUUCAGACUGCACAUCUAUGCCCAUUGAGACUGAUGGUCGAGUAGCAGAACAGGCACAGCAGCGCCACCUACAUGCUCUGUUUGACAAGUAUGGCCAGAACGGGAGUAUCUCCUUAGAAGGCCUGUUCAACCUACUAAAGGGGGUGGGGCUAGACCGCAUCCGGAAAGUGAUGGUGCAUCAUCAUGAAAACGAACAUAAUCAUACACACUCGCAUGCUCAUGAGCACGCUCAUGUGGACAAACUCACCACACACACGCAUCCUGUCACCAAGAAGGGGGGUAUUGAUCAUAAUGUGGAGAAGACUGACCCCAUCCCAAAAGUGCAGCCUGAUCCUGCCUCUGGGAAGAAAAGCCAGUCGGAUGCUCACCACAAUCUCUACAUGAAGAUGAAUCAGGAACCGACUACACAUUUGACCACGCCAUCCUACGUCACAAAAUCACGGCGGUCGAAUCGUAGCGCUGACUAUGAUUUAACUCAAGACCACGACUCCUAUAACCACGCCCAGCCCAAUUUAACACACUCUAACCACACCCACCAUCCUGAGGACACAGCCACCCAUGUGCACGAUGACCAUGAGCAUGGACACAGCCAUACCAGUCUAGAGUGUCAAAAUGCCUCCACAAUCCUGCAGUCACAUGGCAUGACAAAGGAAAUGGGUCUCUCUGUCAAGGACUUCAGUUACCUGUGCCCUGCCCUUCUCAUGCAGAUCGAUUCCAAGUCUUGCCUCGUGCACAAGGAUGACCAUCCAGAUCAUUCCCAUCAUCACCACAACCACCACCAUCAUCAUCACCAUCAUUUGCAUAAUCACACAGAUGGAAAAAGCCCAAGGAAUGCUUCAAUUAGCAUUGCAUGGGUAGGAGGGUUUCUCUCCAUCACUUUGAUCAGUUUACUGGCAUUAGUUGGUGUGGUUUUGAUUCCACUCAUGAACAGAGUUUGCUUCAACUUCCUGCUGAGUUUCCUGGUGGCCCUUGCAGUGGGAACUCUCAGCGGAGACGCUUUCCUUCAUCUCAUACCACAUUCUCUGGGUCAUCACCAGCAUAGCCACUCGGAGCACCAUCACCACGGUGAAGAGAUGGAAGAGGAUUCCCUUCGGCCUGUGUGGACAGGGCUCACAGCUCUGAGUGGAGUCUACAUCAUGUUUCUCAUUGAACACUUCCUGACCCUCGGCAAAAUGUACAAAGACAAAAAACAGAAGGUGCAGAAGAGGGUUGAUCUCAUCACAGAAGUUUUGGAAUCUGAGAAAAUGCCAUCAUUACAAGAAAAUGAUGUCAAAACACUUGAUUCUGUUGAAACGAAUGGUGGAAGUGCAUGUGGGCGUGGCGUGGCAGAGGAAGAAGAGGUGAUGUUGGGGGCGGAGCUCUACUCCGACUUGGACUGUGAGAACAAAUGCCACUCCCACUUCCAUGACACUGUUGGCCAGUCAGAUGAGCAGCAUCAUCAUCACCAUGACUACCACCACAUACUGCAUCACCACCACUCCCAGAACCACCACCCACACACACACUCACACAGACACACACAUUCCUAUUCACUACAGCACUUCCAGCAGGCCGGGGUGGCCACACUCGCCUGGAUGGUCAUCAUGGGAGACGGACUUCACAACUUCAGUGACGGACUUGCCAUAGGGGCGGCAUUCACUGAAGGUUUGUCUAGCGGUCUUAGUACCUCAGUUGCUGUGUUCUGCCACGAGCUUCCUCAUGAGCUGGGAGAUUUUGCAGUCUUGCUAAAGGCGGGUAUGUCAGUACGACAGGCCAUUUUAUACAAUCUGUUGUCAGCCCUGAUGGGAUAUCUGGGCAUGAUCACAGGCAUUCUGAUCGGACAUUAUGCCGAGAACGUUGCCAUGUGGAUCUUUGCUCUCACGGCUGGGUUAUUCUUGUACGUCGCUCUCGUGGACAUGGUACCUGAGAUGUUACACAAUGAUGCUAGUGAAGCAGGCUUCAGUCACUAUGGCUUCUUCCUCCUGCAGAAUGCUGGGAUGCUCCUGGGUUAUGGCAUCAUGCUUGUCAUCGCUGUUUUUGAGCACAAGAUACAACUGGACAUUGGCUUCUGACCUACGCAAUAAUAAUGUAAAGAAUGUCACUCCACAAAAACCUCUGCUAACGUUUUUCGUUGACUGAAGGCCCAUCAGUCUUGUUUACCUGGUGUCCACCUGUUGAGAUGCGCGAGAUAUAAUUUAGUCUGUGAAAAAUUGGCACCUUAAUAUGCACGAAUAAUUGUCAUCUUCUUUGUUGCUUGUGGGAGAAAAAAAUUAUAAGUGUUGACUGUUACAAUUUCAGUAUAAAAGAGAAACUUGAGCCACAUUGAGAAUGUGGAGAUUUUUUUUUAUUUGUUUGUUACACUGUGUUGUUCAGUAGCUAUUGAAGUGAAUUACAUUGUUCAUUUUGCACAUGCUGUACCUCCAACAUUCCAGUAAAGUAUUAAGUGUCCCAUGAUGCCUUUGUCUGAUUUCUGUGUCAAAACUGUAUUUGAUCUUGUAUUUGAGUUUAUAGAGUAGAAUCUAUUGAUAUUAUUGGGUUGGGUUACUGAGAAACCAUUCCUAUAGAUUAUAUUUCACAAGUUCACACUUAGAAAUGAUUAGAUGGUGUAGCAAAUUAGAUCUUUGAAAUAUUAAUCAUCAAUCAUAACUUGUUAUAAUUAUGGAUAUUUUGAUCAGUUAAUAGGGAUAACUUGACAUUACAACCAAAUACUCGGUUCAUCCCGUGAACACUCAAUAUUGGUUAAUAAUUAAUUAAUAAAAAUGUAAAUUUCCGGGGCAUGGGAAAUGUCUUUCUUAUUAAAGGUGCUCUAAGCGAUGUCGGGUGACGUGACUUCUUGUUGACAUUUAAAGUAUUUUCAAACAAAAUGGAGGCUAGAUAGACCCUCCCUCCUCCUCAUCUGCACUGACCCCCCAAACCCCUGGAACAGUUUGUCAUGUUUCGUGGAGCGGGUUGCCGCAGUUUGUUUUUGUUGCCGUUUGUGGAGCCUGGGUUGUCUGCAUAGACCGCGUUUUUUUACAGUGUGUCUAGGGGACAGGCAGCUAGUGGAUAGUGAGGAGAUGUUUGCUGUAUGUGACAAAAAUGUUUGGGCCUAAAAAAUGUGUGACAUCGUUUAGAGCACCUUUAAGUACUACCAAGAGGAAGUAGUCAAGAUGUAUGAUUAGUGACUCCAGAUAUGAGCUUGAGACACGGACAACUUUA